AUGGAAACGGGGUAUCGAUCCCCAUACCUCUCGCAUGCUAAGGAAAGCACUACAGCAGCAGCACAGGGGCGUGCGUGCAAGGGGAGGACUGUGGCGCAUUCAGUGCUUAUCUUUCAAAUGUUCACCAAUGUGAAUUCCGUUGAAGCCCGGCAAGCACUACAGCAGCAGCGCAGGGGCGUGCGUGCAAGGGGAGGACUGUGGCGCAUUCAUUCAGCUCACGUGGAGAGACACGAGGAGGGUGGGGUGUGGCGAGGUGCGUUCCUGCACGUUCCCCUUCUGCCGAUCUCGCUUUUCCCCUCACACACAAUGUCAUUAUCACUGACUGUGGCGCAUUCAAGCAUUCAUUCAGCUUGCGUGGAAAGACACGAGGAGGGUGGGGUGUGGCGAGGUGCGUUCCUGCACGUUCCCCUUCUGCCGAUCUCGCUUUUCCCCUCACACACAAUGUCAUUAUCACUGACUGUGGCGCAUUCAAGCAUUCAUUCAGCUUGCGUGGAAAGACACGAGGAGGGUGGGGUGUGGCGAGGUGCGUUCCUGCACGUUCCCCUUCUGCCGAUCUCGCUUUUCCCCUCACACACAAUGUCAUUAUCACUGACUGUGGCGCAUUCAAGCAUUCAUUCAGCUUGCGUGGAAAGACACGAGGAGGGUGGGGUGUGGCGAGGUGCGUUCCUGCACGUUCCCCUUCUGCCGAUCUCGCUUUUCCCCUCACACACAAUGUCAUUAUCACUGACUGUGGCGCAUUCAAGCAUUCAUUCAGCUUGCGUGGAAAGACACGAGGAGGGUGGGGUGUGGCGAGGUGCGUUCCUGCACGUUCCCCUUCUGCCGAUCUCGCUUUUCCCCUCACACACAAUGUCAUUAUCACUGACUGUGGCGCAUUCAAGCAUUCAUUCAGCUGGCGUGGAAAGACACGAGGAGGGUGGGGUGUGGCGAGGUGCGUUCCUGCACGUUCCCCUUCUGCCGAUCUCGCUUUUCCCCUCACACACAAUGUCAUUAUCACUGACUGUGGCGCAUUCAAGCAUUCAUUCAGCUUGCGUGGAAAGACACGAGGAGGGUGGGGUGUGGCGAGGUGCGUUCCUGCACGUUCCCCUUCUGCCGAUCUCGCUUUUCCCCUCACACACAAUGUCAUUAUCACUGACUGUGGCGCAUUCAAGCAUUCAUUCAGCUUGCGUGGAAAGACACGAGGAGGGUGGGGUGUGGCGAGGUGCGUUCCUGCACGUUCCCCUUCUGCCGAUCUCGCUUUUCCCCUCACACACAAUGUCAUUAUCACUGACUGUGGCGCAUUCAAGCAUUCAUUCAGCUUGCGUGGAAAGACACGAGGAGGGUGGGGUGUGGCGAGCACUGUUGCUAUUACUGACUGAGACGCAUUCCUUCCCUGCACCACUGCUCCCCCGGUAUGCCUGCUCCCCCCCCCCCACAUCACUUCCCCCUUCCGGCCCCCGACGCUUCCCCCCAUCGCUCUGCUUUGCCUCCGAUGCUGCGUUUCCCCAAAUAUCCCUCCCACCACCAGGCACUCUGUCCCUACAAGGGAAAUCUCACCAGGCUGUCUCGGCCCUCUGUCCCUACAGGGGCAAUUUCACCGGGGUGGCUCAGUUUCUCGUCUGCAACUACCAUCCACCUGCUACCCUUCUUUACCCUCUUCUGCUCCCAUCCCUCUGCCGUCUCCCCCACCAGGCCCUCUGUCCCUACAAGGCCAAUUUCACCGGGGUGGCUCAGUUUCUCGUCUGCAACUAUUACCCUCCCGCUGCUGCUGUUUAG